AUGGAGAGCACCAGAUUGAAAUCGCGAGGAGAUUAUGAAGAAGGCGGCAGCAGCUUGUUCGGCAAGCCGCCAGGCCUCGUGGCGGUGCUCAUCGGUAAUGCGGUGGUGCUCGUGGCUGCGGUGGUGCAGGGCGCAGUCUACUACAGCAUGCUGCCCGAUGAACUGCCCGCCCACUUCGACUGGCAAGGCAAAGUGGACGCGUACCGAUCCAAGGCGUUCAUGGUGGGCAUCUACCUGGCGGCGGUGCCCGCGCGCGAGUACUGGCUCAACCCGGCCUUCCCCGAGCGACAGGAGCGGGCCUUCGCCUACUUGAAGUUCUGGCUCAUGGGCUUCGGCAUGACCUUCGGGGCCUACCUGGUCCUCUUCUUCGCCAUCGUCUUCCACAUGGCCUACACGGGCGACCACAGCGGCUUCUUCUGGUUCUUCUGGCCACUCACCAUCGCCUACCUCGUGCUGGUCGCCUUCGGCGUCUACUCGCUCUACUCGCACUUCCUCAACGAGCCCAUCAAGGAGGCCCUCAUCAACUACGCCGAGAUGGGCGGCUCCUACGAGACCUUCUCCACCCCGUCCCGCAUCUACUACCAGUAG